GCGGGCGGCGCGGCGGCCAGGGGCGCCAGGGGCGGGGCCGCCCGGCCCUUUAAACCUUUCUGGGCUGCGGGCGGAGACAGCGCCACGAGGGGGCCGAGCUGGGCGCUGCGAGGGGCGCUCCGAGGAGGCCAGGGCAGCUGAUGGUUUUGGCGAAGUUCCUUAAGGUAGCUCGGCCCGACCCCUCAUCCCCACCUACCUCUCGCCCUCGCCCCCAUUCUACCAUCAUCCUGGCCCCCCUCCCUCAUGACCGCCUGGAUCCUCCUUCCUGUCAGCUUGUCAGCAUUCUCCAUCACGGGCCUAUGGACUGUGUAUGCCAUGGCCGUGAUGAACCGCCACGUGUGCCCCGUGGAGAACUGGUCCUACAACGAGUCGUGCUCUUCUGACCCCACUGAGCAAGGGGGCCCCAAGACCUGCUGUACCCUGGAUGACGUGCCCCUCAUCAGCAAGUGUGGCACAUAUCCCCCAGAGAGCUGCCUCUUCAGCCUCAUUGGCAACGUGGGUGCUUUCAUGGUGGCCCUGAUCUGCCUCCUGCGCUACGGGCAGCUCUUGGAGCAGGGCCGGCACUCCUGGCUCAAUACGACGACGCUCAUCACAGGCUGCACCAACACCGCGGGCCUGGUGGUAGUGGGGAACUUCCAGGUGGAUCACGCCAAGUCUCUGCACUACGUUGGAACCGGAGUGGCCUUCUCCGCCGGGCUGCUCUUCAUCUGCCUGCACUGUGCCCUCUCUUACCACGGAGCCACCGCGCCCCAGGACCUGGCCGUGGCCUACCUCCGGAUCGUGCUCGCGGUCAUCGCCUUUGUCACCCUGAUCCUCAGUGGCGUCUUCUUCCUCCACGAGAGUUCUCUGCUGCAGCACGGCGCGGCCCUGUGUGAGUGGGUGUUUGUCAUUGACAUCCUGGUGUUCUACGGCACCUUCAGCUACGAGUUCGGGGCUGUGUCCUCGGAGACACUGGUCGCGGCGCUGCACCCAGCCCCAAGCAGGGCCUGCAAGUCCUCUGGGAGCAGCAGCACCUCCACUCACCUCAACUGUGCCCCCGAGAACAUCGCCAUGAUCUGAGGUCGGGGAGGGCGGCAGGCCCGGCCUCCACAGCUCCCCAGCCUUCCCUUCUCUGCAUUUCUUUUGUACCAAAAAUAACCUUGACGGACUAUUUCACUGGGCUCUCUAGGCUCCCCUGGUCCUAGCAGCCUGCACGUGCCCACCUGUGCCAUGGAGGAGCGGGCCCUGGCAUCUGCCCAGGCUGCACACAGUCCGCUCCCCAACCAGUGUUUUCUGGGUUAAGGAUAACCUCUCCUCACUCACCCAGCCAGCCCUUCCGGUGCCUUCAACUCCCUGGUGGCAAAGCCAGACCACUGGGGUUUCCUGCUGCAGUAACUGGGGCCUGGGAACAGCCAGAUGGAUAGAAAGGGGUGAAGAGCUGAGCAUGCCUUAGUCUCUGAGACCUCACAGAGCUAUACUGGGAUGCUUCCCCCACUGCCCCUUUCUUUAGGGUAAAUGACACAACAGAACCACAUGGGUAUUUUAGUACCUUUUUUUUUAUAUAUCUAUUAAAAGAAUUCUAAUUUG